CCAUUAGUUUCGUAGAAGUUUGUGGAAUUUGGAAACCCACCGGCUUUUCCUUCCUUUUCUCUCUCUAAUCCCACCGCUUUGAGCUGCUGGCAAACUAGAGAAUUUAGCCAUCCUCCGUUCUCGUUCUCCCUCUUGAUUUCUAUUGGGAUCGAGGUGAGAGUAACACAAGGUGGGAUCUUGGGCGAAUUCAGAGAAUGGCGAGGCCGCCGCAGGACGCGAUCGAGACCUUCAUGAACAUCACUGGCGCCUCCGAAGCGGUGGCGCUGCAGAAGCUCGAGGAACAUGGUGGGGACCUGAAUGAAGCUGUGAAUGCACACUUUAAUGAAGGAGAUAGGAUUAACACACGUCAAGCACCCAUUCCAGCCCCCCACAAUGAUUUUAUGAACAUAGAUGACCAAUUAGAUGAUGAAGCCUUAAGACCUGCUUUUCCACUGCUGUCAGCUGCUCGAAAUUUGGACCCAUUUUCAUUACUUGAUUCAACUUUUGGUCGAAAUUUUUUUGAUGGACGUACUACUGGUAUUCCUAAUCUUGCCCCACGAGUUUCUCAUCCAAGGGAGGUGAGGGAGAUACCUAUUGAAUUUAAGGAUGGGGAUAUACCACCUGGUUCUUCUGGCCUAGGGCCUACCAUAGAGGAUGUUACUGGAAACAUACCUGCACAUGGUCCAGAGGUUCAUGGGACUGUCAUUAUUGAUGACGAUGAUGAAGAUGAGGACCUUCCAAGUGCUCCUGCUAAUCAUCAUGCCACUUCUGCUGAUGUUCCUUUUGGAAGGCAUCAUGGUCCAAAUGUUUCUCCAUUCGUUGAUGUGACUAAUUAUAACAAUGACAUAGAAGAGGAAAUGAUACAAGCUGCAAUUGAAGCUUCCAAGCGAGAAACUGAGGGGCAUCCCAGUCAGCAGUUUGAUUUUCGUAAUGACUCAACUGGCCCUGGGCUUAAUCAGAAGUCUCCUGAAUUAGAGGAUGUUGAGCUUGCACGUGCUGUCUCAUUGUCCUUAAAGACUGCAGAGCAAGAAAGGGCACUGCAUGGGGAGGGCUUGCAUAUUGGAGAGAAUCAGCCAUCUAAUUCACCAGGCAUGGAAGUGGAUAAUGUAGAAAGAGUGACUGCAGCAGAUGGAAGGCAAGGAUUUGCUUCAGGGAAGUCUGGAACUUCAAAUCAAUUACAAUCAGAGGAAGGCAACACAUUUGUCCAAGAGGAAACAGAAGAUGUAGAGGAGCAACCUUUAGUGAGGCACCGUUCUGGAUGCCCUUCUUCUGGAAAUGCAGAAUUAGCAGAAUCUGGACAAGUGGUCUAUAGUCCUCCGACAAGUCCUCAGCAGAAUAAUAUCAGCAGUCGUCCUUCGUAUAAUGGAAACACCUUCCAGUCAGAUGAGUGGGGUGGCAUAUCCUCUGAAGAGCAUGAUGAAGCCGUCAUGCUCGAGGCUGCAAUGUUUGGUGGCGUUCCAGAAGGAACAUCAUAUCAUUUUGCAUACCAACCUCAUCAAGUCAUGCAAACUGGUUCAGAUCAAAGCCCAACUUUCUAUCCACGUAUACCUCAUCCACCAUCACCAUCACUGAUGGAACAACGCUUGUUGAGGGAGCAACAGGAUGACGAGUAUCUUGCAUCGUUGCAAGCAGAUCAAGAAAAAGAGUUGAAGGCCAAGCAGGAAGCUGAACUUCGGCAUUUAGAGGAAGCUGCUGCCAGAGAAGCUGCCUUUGAAAAGCAAAAACAGGAAGAGGAAUUUGAGAGGAAACUUGCUGCAAAAGAAGCUUCCCUUCCACAAGAACCUUCUCCAGAAGAUGAAAAUGCUGUGACACUUCUUGUCCGCAUGCCUGAUGGCAGUCGCCGUGGACGUCGCUUUCUGAAAUCUGACAAGCUUCAGUUCGUUCUUGAUUAUAUAGAUCUUGGAAGGGUGGUUAAGCCUGGCACCUACAGAUUGGUGAGGCCAUACCCACGGCGUGCAUUCUCUGAUGGAGAAAGUGAGCUAUCACUUGGUGAACUGGGCCUGACCAGCAAGCAAGAAGCAUUGUUCUUAGAGUUAAUCUAGAAGUGUUACCUGAGAAAGGCGUAGUGGCAUGCAAAAGUAGUUAAACAUACCAUCUGAAACUUGGUGUUGUUGUUGGUUGAAAUGCCCGAAAGUACUACAAACCAAAAGAAGAUACUCAUUGGAAGACUCCGGGGUUCAAAGGGUUGAACUGAGUGCUCAAUUAGCUUUGUGUCUGUUUUUAUUGUCUGAAUGGUAACUGUCAUGUAUAUAUGCAGAUAACUCAUACCAAAGCAGAUAAGAUGAUCCAUGUUUGCUACAUCAGAAAGAAAAAGAAUGCAUCAUUUUGUCAUCUUUUACUGGCACUUAAAAGAAA